AUGGCGCCAGAAUUAGACUUGUCCCCACCAACCAUGUUUCUGCUGGUACCCGGUGAGCCGCAGGAGCCUUGGAAUGACUGGAUAAACUAUUUUGAAUUGUACAUUAUACAGGGCAGACAAAGAGGCUUGCCAGACGAAGAGAAGAGAGUUCUGUUACGCCAUUACCUUGGCAAUGAGGGACUGCGCAUCUUAAACACCCUGACAACCAAUGAAACAUAUGCAGCGAUGAUUGAUGCCCUCACUGUUUACUUCAGUAAUGCGCAGAACUGUCAGGAGCCUCAGGAGCCUCAGGACCGUCAGGAGCCUAAGGACUGUCAGGACCGUCAGGAGCCUCAGGACUGUCAGGAGCCUAAGGACUGUCAGGACCGUCAGGAGCCUCAGGACUGUCAGGAGCCUCAGGACCCGGAUGAUUCACAAAGAAUCAAACAGAACAGUGAGUCAAACAGAACUUCCCAAAACGUUCACAAUUCUGACCAUCAAAAUGGGAGCACAAUAUUCAACAUUUGUACUAAUAGCAACAAUCACCCAUAAUGUUUUAAGGUCAUAAAUACUUCAGAAAAAAGUAAUAGUUGGCCAGGGAUUGGUAAGUACACGACACUUUGGGAAUUGAACAAAACAAACAUCGAUUUAAUAACAGAACAUAAUGUGUUGAAUCCAGGUCACAGCACCAUGUCUGUAUCCAUCCAAGUAUUAGCCCACUGAGCUAAAGCCCACCAAACUCACAAAGCCAACUCCAUGACACUCAUAGGUGGUAUUCAGUGGUAUUCAGUAUGACCAGCAAUCCUGGAAAAUAUCCAUGAUGAUGUGUUUUGUGUCAUGGAUAUUUUCCAGCUAGUAGAUGUAGGGUUUCUAUUAGGAUAGCUGUGAGGCUCUAGUGUGCAAUGUAAUGAUAUGUUGGGAUUAUAUGAAGGGUGGAUUGACGGGCUACUCUUGUGGAUUAGGUGAAUUACUAGUUGACUUGCUCGCUAACACAUACAUUAGCUUUGUCAACAAGCAGGUUAUCAUAAAAUAGUAAUAUUUUAUUUUCUAUUUAGGAAAAAGGAUGUUUGUUACAGGAGCAGCAGCAACAGUGGGAGCAGGUAAGAUCAUGUAUUUAGUCAGCAUGAAUAUUCUAUUUGAUCCAAUAACUCCACUAAUCUGAUUUGUCUGUAUUAUCUUUGUUGAUGUUUGCUAAAAAAAAAAAAAAAAACACUUUGUGGUCAAAAUCCAUUGUAAACAUACUUUUGAUAAGUUCAAACAAAGUAAAUGGAACAAUAAUUGCCAGAAUAAGAAACACAAUAUAAAUAGAACAAUAAUUGUCAGUAUAAGAAAAGCAAUCUCUAGUCUUUGCUUAUUAUUGGUUAAGCCCUUUCUAGCUGUUACCUUCAAAUAAUUUCACAGAUGUGUUAGUACUUUCUUUUGUCAUUUAGGCCUAAGUCAUUCAAAUUAUAGUGAUACCAUUGUCAAACCCCCUAUAACAGGGAGCCAUUUAUGUUUUUGGUUGCUUGCUCUUGUCUGCUGGGCCUUCACAGCUGCGGCAGUGGUGGGGGCACCAGUUGCCCUGGGAGUGGCAGGAUUGACUACUGUUGGGGUUGCUGCUGGAGCAACUGCAGGGGGCGCCGCAAUAGGUAAAAUCAAAGCAAGCUUUAAUGGCAUGAUGGAGUAA